GCAGCAGCUGCUUCCAAGAUUGUAAAAGCUGCAGAAAAGAGACAAGAGGCAGCAGUAAAGCAACAAAUUGCUGAAGCACGCCUACAGGAAGAGCAACUCGACAGUGAACUCUUGGCGGAAGUGUAUGGCAAGGAGCAUGUAUCGGUCGUGUUUAUUGGUCAUGUUGAUGCCGGAAAAUCGACCUUGGGUGGACAAUUGCUGAUUUUGACGGGUCAAGUGGAUCAACGUACGCUCGACAAGAAUAAACGCGAUGCAGCAGAAAUGGGUCGAGAAUCUUGGGCAUUCACCUGGGCGCUUGACUCUACAAAGGAAGAGCGAGUCAAGGGUAUCACAGUCGAAGUUGGUCGUGCUCAUUUUGAGACUGAGAAGCGGUCUUACUCUAUUCUCGAUGCACCGGGCCAUAAGUCAUUUGUUCCCAAUAUGAUUGGUGGCGCGUCACAAGCUGAUGUGGGCGUGCUGGUCAUUUCUGCUAGAAUCAAUGAGUUUGAGGCUGGUUUCGAAAAGGGAGGGCAGACACGAGAGCAUGCGAUUCUUGCCAAGACGCAAGGUGUCACAAAGCUGAUUGUCGUGAUCAACAAGAUGGACGACCCAAGUGUUGCUUGGUCCAAGGAGCGAUAUGACGAGUGUGUCUCGAAGUUGACACUCUUCUUGCGCAGAGAAGCUGGGUACAAUCCCAAGACGGAUGUUUUCUUUAUGCCUGUCUGUGCGUACACAGGUGCUGGUCUCAAAGAACGUGUCAGUCAAAAGGACUGCACUUGGUAUUCCGGCCCAUCUUUGAUUGAGUACCUCGACAACAUGCAAGCAUUUGAGCGCAAGGUCAAUGCGCCACUCAUGAUGCCCGUAUCAACUAAGUGGAAGGAUCUCGGCACCAUCUUGGAAGGCAAGCUCGAGUCGGGUCACGUUAAAAAGGGCAACAAAGUGAUGAUGAUGCCUGGCAGUGUUCCCCUCGAAGUGGUUACAGUGUACAACGAAGCUGAAGAGGAAGUGGAUGGUGCGUUGUGCGGUGAACAGGUCCGGCUUCGUGUCAAGGGUGUCGAGGAGGAAGAAGUAUUCAACGGAUUCGUCUUGACGGCGCUCAGGACGCCUGUGCACACCGUCACUGCGUUUGAGGCUCAAAUUGCCAUCUUGGAGUUGCAGUCACUGCUGUCGGCUGGAUUUUCUUGUGUGAUGCACGUCCACACAGCCAUUGAAGAAGUGUCCUUUGCUGCGCUUCUCCACAAGCUCGACAAGACGAACCGCAAGAGUAAGGCAGCCCCAGCGUUUGCCAAGCAAGGCAUGAGGAUCAUUGCGCGGCUCGAGACGACACAGCCAGUCUGCUUGGAAAGGUUCAAGGAUUUCCCACAGCUUGGUCGUUUCACUUUACGUGAUUCUGGUGUUACUAUUGCUAUCGGCAAAGUGACCAAGUUGCUCAACUAG